UAUGGCUAACAAAAACACAUUGUCAAGCACAAAAUGCCUAUUGUAAAUUAACUCUAAAACCUAAUCAUAGAGCAAUUCAACGAGUCAUUCGGAAAUCCGUUUUGCCCGUCUCCUUUCUAUAGGUUUGUGUUUUACUUGGGUGUUUGUAGUCGUUGCACUGGCAUUAUAGAGAAAACGGCAACUUUAUCCAAGAAUUUGUACAUAGAAAAUCCUUUUUAUAUCAAUUUCUUUAACAGCUUGUCUUUUCUAGUCUUAAUAAUCAUGAUAAGUCAAAUGUCAUUUCAACAAUAUAUUUACAAAGUAUAAUAAAGAAAGUGUUGAGGUGGCUUUAUUUAUUUUCUAACCAAUAAGUUUUGAUAACAAUCAGACGAUGGAAGAAUCAGUUUUAAUGAUAAAUUCUACGACUGAAAAUGAUGAUACAUCGAUGUCAAGGUUAACACUCGAAAAUGCAGCAGACAACAGUAAUGAAACUAAAAGCAAUAUCAAUAAGAUUAAUAACGAUGAAUCAAAUUCUAAUAUUGAGGAGCGCUAUAAUAAACUUAGAGGUUUUGCUGUUAAACUUAAGAAGAAAGUAUCAGAUUUAAUGGAUCAAACCCAAUUAUUGGAAUCAGAAAAUCAAAGGCUUAACAAUGACAAAGAAGAAUUAUUAAGUAAGAUACUUCGUAUGUCCGAUAGUGCCAAAAAACUACAGACCAUACAAUCUCAAUACGAUAAGCUUCAAGAUGAUAUUGAAUUGGUGAAAAAUGAAAAUAAAAGACUGAUAAAACGUAUAGAAAGUAUUGUUUUAGAAAAUGAUUCGCAUAAAGAUACAAUUAACAAAGAAAAAAAAGAAGUAGCCCAACUGACCGCUAAAAUUACUUGCCUUUUAGAAGAAAAAACAAAAUUUGAGACCACGUGCGAACAAUUAGAAAAAAAAAUAAAAGAUUUAAAUAAAGAAAUUAAAGCUGAAUCGAUGGUACGACAUCAGAAAGCCAAGGAAUGCGAAGAUUUGAAAAAUUCUUUGGAAACAGAAAUAAGGACGCAUAAAUCAACUCGUACGCUCUUAGAUGAUAUGAAACAUAAUCGAACAAGUAAUAAUGUAUUAUCCUUAGAAGUGGCUAAUUACGAGAAAAGUAUCGAAACUAUAAAGACAAAACUUGAUGAGGAAACCAAUGAAAGAAUCAAUUUAGAAGCAACGGUAAACCAACAUUUAGAAACUAUCGAAGUUCUUACUACUCGAAUAACUGAACUUCAAAAUUCUUGUAUAACUAAAACCAACCAUAUCACUUCGCUUGAACUCAAAAAUCAAACAUUAGAAUCAGACUUGAGCGAAGCAAAACUUGAAAUUGCUAAAACUCUAAAAGAUAAAGAAAGCUUUGCUAGAGAUUCUAAAAAUUUAGAAACUUCUAAACAAAAUCUAGAAGCAAAAGUUGAGUUACUUUCAUCGGAAAUAAUUAAAUUAGAAGAAGAUAGCAAGAUGCGUAUUAAAGCAUUUCAAAGUCACGUCGACGAAUUAAAACGUGAAACUUUUGAAUUAAAUUUAACUCUGGAGAAUAGUACAAAAGAAACGAGUAUUUUACAAGAAGAAUUUGAAAAUUACAAAUUACGAGCCCAAAGUGUUCUUCUUAAAGCGAAAACCGUCCCUACCAAUGACUUGGAAGAAGAGGUUGAAGAUUGUAAGCAGCAAAUUUCCAUCAUAACCGAAAAGUGCGAAAAUUAUAAAGAAAAAACUGAAUCCUUAAUGAAAGAAAUUACGUUAUUACAAAGUGAGGUAAAUCGUACGAGCGCUAAUGAAGAAGCGUUGGUUAUAAAAUUAUCAAAAUUAAGGCAAGAAUCAGUUGCUUUAAUAGAUAAAUACAAGAACCAAGAAAUUGAAAUGCAAAAAUUGCAAAUUAAUCACGAGAAAGCAAUAGAUAAUUUAAAAAUCAAGCACGAGGAGGAAAUGCAUAAUAUUAAAAAGGAACACGAAGAAGAAAUUAAAAAUAUAAAUCUGAAAGCUGUUUCGAAUUCUGUAAUAAAUACAGAAUCAACGACUGACGAAACCAUACCGCCAAUUAUAAUUCCAGAACCACCUCCGCCACUUAUUGGAAGGGAAGAAUGCGAAGGCUCAGAAAAUACAGAAUCUUUACAUCAAACGACAAAAAAUACCGAACGUAAUCAAAGAAGAAUAAUAGCACCUGAACUACCAAUGAGAAAUGCCAUUACACCGUUAGAUCAACUAUUAGAAUUUCCUUUCGACGAACAUGAAGUUGUAUCGAGAGCUCCUGAAAACAACUCCGAGGUGACAAUUUACAAAAAUCGUGUGAAAUAUUUGACCGAACUUCUGGCAGAUGCCGAAAGAGAUAUAGCAAAACUUACUCAACUCAAUCAGUUACUUAAAGAGGAUAUUCGCAGACAAAAGCGAUACGUUGAAAGAGAGAAAGAAGCAGUCAAUUUUGAGUACCUGAAAAAUGUUGUUCUUAAAUUUGUAACAUUAGAGAAUCGGGAUGAACGUAGUCGAUUGGUUCCAGUUCUUGAUACUAUUCUUAAACUAAGUCCCGAAGAGACACAUAAGUUGAAUGAAAUUGUUUCGUCAACUGGUGGUGGUAAGUUACACAAAAUAUAAUUUUAAUGUAAA